AUGUACAGGAUUAUUUUAACCCCAGUAGCCAAAUAUAAAACCCCAGGGGAAAGAGUCUUCUGUGGGCCUGGCGCACGGCUGAUUCCUAAUUCUAUCGCAAAAAUUGGCGAAAAUUCCUAUAUAGCUGAUCUCACACUCAGCGUUGACAAUGAGCUCCUUGUCGUAAAAGCCAAAGGACUGUUAAAAUAUAUCAGCAAAAUAAUUGAGGCUUAUGAAAAAGAGCUGCUUCCUGAGGAGCGAAAAUGUGCUCAAAAAAUCGCAUAUGACUACUAUGAGAAAAAAGAAUUAGUCAGCCCACUUAAAGGGCUUGAAGAAAAGGAUUUUGAAAAGAAUGAGGCUAUUACUAGCAAAUUGGGUUGCAUGGAAAAGCAUUUUUUGAGUUUCCAGUCUAAUAAAUGUGAAAGUAAGUUAAAAGUUAAAUUGGUCAUGAGCAGAGUGGCCAGCUAGCCUUUGCCUUGACUUGGCUCAAAAAGCCAGUCUCCAUUUGUCUCAAGUCGAAUUAGGAAUGGAAUAAUUAUUUGGAUUUCCAGCUGAACCACCUGCCAAAAUAUCAGCUCUCUAGGUAGAAAUACCAUUUGGGAGGUAUCCGAUGGAAAAGACUUUGGAAGGCAAAGCCUGUCUAGCCUAAGCAGAAACCUUUUUGAAAAAAACUUCCCUGUUCUGCAAGGCUUUUCCUUUAAGAUCUAUUUCAAAAAGGGACAGAGGCCUGCUUUCAGUGUCAUCAGGACUGGCUUCUAAUGCAUCUUCCCUACUAUUAUAUUUUCUGUAAAAGUAAGUGCUGGUGUGAAAUUUAUGACUAUUGUACUAAAUGCAAAGAUGAAAAUGCAAAAAAUAAAGGAUGAUAUUGUUUCUGUAAGGACAGGUUCUAUAUGUAUGAGAGGGAUAAUAGCUGUAAAGGUAAGAUUUAGACAGCUUGCUCUAAAUAUUGUUUGACAUGUACAUUGGCAGGCAGAUGCCUAAGGUGUAAGGCUCCUAAUUUUGUGUCUGAUGAUGAUAUUUGUAAGGGUUUAGAAAGCCUUCUUGAAGUUGUAAAUUCUAAUGACACUCGUACAGCAAAUGCGGAUAUUAUAGAGGCCAUUCCGGAAUCAAUAAAAAUGAAUACCCAAGCUUAUUCGGUACAAAUUUCGGGUAUUACAUGAGCCCAGACGAAAAUUCUUAUCAAUGAUUUUAUCAGGCAUAAACCCUACAAUAGCCACUCCAUCAAAAGAAACCUUUUACUAAGACUUUGAAAAGGCCAAAGGAAGCGUCCAAAAGCUAGAAGUAAGCUCAAUAAAAGGUGGGUAUCUUAA